CCCCCAUCCUCAGGGUAUUUAUUAAUAUCCCCAUUUCCCAUCAUUCGAAUUAUCUCUCACAAAGCAAUCAAUCAUCAAUGGCGUCAGCAAAAGCAGCAAUUACUAAAAAGGCUCCCACUGCAAAGAAACCAAGAUCUCAUCCUCCUUAUGCUGAGAUGGUGAAGGAAGCGAUUGUGGCGUUGAAGGAGAAGACCGGUUCUAGCCAGUACGCAAUCGCCAAACACAUCGAGGAUAACCAAAAAGAUUUACCCGCGAAUUUCAAAAAGCUCUUGCUCCUUCAGUUGAAGAAACUUGUUGCUGCCGGUAAACUUACCAAAGUUAAAAACUCCUUCAAGCUUCAGAAACCGGCCGAUCAGAAGAAACCUCUGGCGGUUAAAGCUAAAUCUGGUGCUCAAGUGAAGGUGAAGACGCCGGUUAAAGCAAAAAAAGUAGCUGCACCGGCGAAAAAGGUGGUUAAAGCUAAAUCCGGUGGUCAAGUGAAGGCAAAGGGGAAGGCGAAGACGCCGGUUAAAGCAAAAAAAGUAGCUGUACCGGCGAAAAAGGUUAAGAGUAUUAAGUCGCCGGCGAAGAAGAAGUCUAAGAAGUGAGGGUUGUAGUGAUAGGGAUAAGUGUGUAAAUUUGUACAAGUAAGGCUUGCGUGUGCUUAGGUUUUCAUAUGCGUAUUGUUAAAGUUUUUAUGUUUCAACCGCUUUUUUUUGCCGAUUUAAAA